UCCGGUUCCUGUGCGACGUCACGGUGCGAGAGUACACACGUCGUCUUUUAUUUCUCCCGUUGUCGAUGACUUCUCUAUAAAACGGAAAACUAAUAAUAGAAACGAUCAAAUGUCGGACGAGGCGACGCGGCGCACGGUGUCGGAUAUCCCGCUGCUGAAGACCAACUCCGGCCCGCGGGACCGCGAGCUGUGGGUGCAGCGGCUCCGGGAGGAGUACGUGUCCCUCAUCAAGUACGUUGAGAACAACAAGGCGGCGGACAACGACUGGUUUCGCCUCGAGUCCAACCGGGAAGGCACCCGCUGGUUCGGCAAGUGUUGGUACGUGCACGAGCUGCUUCGCUACGAGUUUGACGUGGAGUUUGACGUGCCCGCGACCUACCCUGCCACCGCGCCCGAGGUGGCGUUACCGGAGCUGGAGGGCAAGACGGCCAAGAUGUACCGUGGGGGCCGCAUCUGCCUCACCGACCACUUUAAGCCGUUGUGGGCGCGCAAUGUGCCCCGCUUCGGCCUAGCCCACCUGAUGGCGCUCGGCCUGGGCCCCUGGCUGGCUGUUGAGAUCCCCGACCUGGUGUCCCGGGGCCUCGUCACUCACAAGGAGAACCAGCAGGCCCCCUCAGCCUCGUGAAGACACACAAACAGACUGUUAGAUAAUGUCAAGCGGACUAUUGUUUACUAUAGAGAUAAAGUCAUGAAGGACACCGACUGUGUUCACUAUAUAAAGUCCUGAAACAAACUGCUUAUAUUGACUAUAUAAAGUAAUGAACAGACUGCAUAUGUUCAUUAGUGAUCGUCAUUAAACAGACUGCAUAUGUUCACUAGUGAUGGUCAUGAAACAGACUGCUUGUGUUCACUAUAUAAAGUCAUGAAACAGC